AUGUAUAUUCAGACUACCAAUGGAGCACCUGUGCCUUGGGCUCGAAUUCACAUCGACUAUCUUUCUGGAGAACUUUCUACUGGGCCCCCGUCUGAGCUAGGCUUCUUUGGUCUCCCGCUGCCUCCUGGUGUCUAUCGUCUCACCGUCAUGGCCAGCGGCUUUCUAGAUCAAACUCGCAUUGUUCGUGUUCGUGCAGAAGAGGGCGUUACCCUUGUUCGCUUCCGUUUGACCAAUCUCGUCACUGCUCGUGACGCUCGACGACAAUCGUUUAUUAUCGGUGUGGUCGGUAUGUUGAUUCUUGCCUCCUCGGUUCUACACAGUCUUGACUGCGAGUUUUUGCCAAAGCAGACACUACGAAAUAUACAUCUGGUGAUAAUUAAUCUACACCUUACACAAGCCAGCUCUCACAUUUUAGGAUAUCUGGUCUUGAUGCACAAAGUUUUAAAGACUAGCGAUAUACGGGUUUUUCUUCCAGAACAUAAGUUGGAGUAUGAAGAAUUAAAUCGGUUCCCUACCGCUCCGGCGAAUGCUCUCCGCGACUCAUAA